UUUAACAAAUUGUACCUUGAACCUGCUUGUUUCGUCUUCGAUUUGUCGUUUCUGAUUGCUCCUUGAUACUACUAUUCUGAUAGUAUUUUAUAACUCUACGUGUUUUACGGCACUAUUAUAAUAGAGCGUUAUAAUGCUAUGGAAAAUCCAUGUUACGGUAUUCGAAGAUUCUUCAACAACCUCUUCUCUUCUCGAAUUCUUGCACUCAAAGCAUACUAACAGUUCUGGAUCGCGUUAAAAUUCUUCCGGGACUAAGUUCGUAGUUAGUAGGUCGCUAACAAUAUUGAAAUGUUUAGCGACCGAUUUAGCAACUUCUGCAUAACCCGAGCUAUAAAAGAGGGACCAAUAUAUUCUGCAUUCUUAGUUUUCCAUUGACAUCCAAAGCUCUACAUUCAGGAUUUCUUGAAAUUUACUACUUGAGUGAUUCUAUAAUAAAAAAAAAUGGUGUCUUCGGUGCUUCUUUUCAACUUGAUUUUGUUAUUGAAGAUUAUAUUGCAAACUGAAUGCAAAAGUUUGGAAACAACACCGCAGUCUUCAGAUGUCACUGAUAUUGAUACCGAAUUUCUUAUGCACAUAAUAAGCAACAUUAAUGAUACAGAAUUAAAUACUACUAAAAAUGAAGUAAAUUCAACAAUUAAUUUGGGAGAACCUUUUGAAUUAACAAUAGAGACACGUCCCAAACGUGAGCCUUCUGCAAUGAACGCUGUGAAUUCUACAGAUACCAAUCAGACAUCAAGCAGACUUGAAGAGACACUUCAAGAAAUGUUUCUUGAACCCUGGGGUCGUAUUAGAAGAGAUGCUGAUGAUGCUCAAGAUCAAAAUUCAGAUGAAACUGCUCAAGAUGGAAAUUCUAAUGAAUCUGCUCAAACUAAAAAUUCAGACGAAGGUCAAAGCGAUUAUAAUGACACUGAUGAAGAUAAUGACCCAUCACACGAGUCCUCUAUACAACUGGAACAUGAUGGAACGAGUUCAAUGCAGGAGGAGGUUCGUGAAAAAAGAAAUGGAGAAUCAGGAGAAUCUUUAGAAGAAGGUACCACCUUACCAUCUUUGCACCAAGUUAAUCUCUCGAAGGACAAUUGAAGAUGAUUCCGAUGAUCUGAAACAGCAGCCUCUCGAGCUGUUAGAUUCGCGGAACUGCUCGGUAGCUACUUUGUGCCCAGCAAACCAUCCUUCCAGCAUUUAUACGAAACAAUGGCGUCAAACGGGG